AUGGAGAGAGUCCCCAGCAGCCAACCUCCACCACCCUGUCUGGACAGAUCCUUGUCUGGGAUGGAAUUCUCUCACAUGUAUCCCGUCUUCAAGUCCCGGAAAGGAAUGAAGAGAUGCGAGGACGGCAGCGGCAAGGACACCUACAAGCUGCCGCACCGACUGAUCGAGAAGAAGCGCCGAGACCGCAUCAACGAGUGCAUAUCGCAGCUGAAGGACUUACUGCCGGAACACCUCAAACUGACGACUCUGGGACAUCUGGAGAAGGCGGUGGUCCUGGAGCUGACACUCAAACACGUCCAGUCCUUGUCAAGCUUGAUAGAGCAGCAGCAGCAGCAGCAGAUCCUGAACCUCCAGAACGGUUGCUCCUCUGAUGGUAACAGAUCUUCGGGGGAGGAAAUGUUCCAUUCCGGGUUUCAGUUGUGCGCGGAGGAGGCCCUGAGGUUCCUAAAAGGCGGAGAGAAACGUGAGCUCGUGGCGCACCUCCACCGUGUGGCUUCUGAUCUCAACCAUGACACCUCUGGAGCCACCAAAAUCAGUGAGAAGCCCAGUCCUAAGGUGCAAGCCACCAACUGCGUCCCUGUAAUCUGCCGAGCUGCCCCCCUCAGCUCUGGAGAACAGAGCGGCACGGACACGGACACUGACAGUGGGUAUGGAGGAGAGGCGGACAAAGCAGAGGGAGCUCAGGAACAGGGAGGGGCCCUGAAGGAAGACAGGACCCCCCCUAUGGCUCUGGAUAGGCUUAUUAAACAGGAACUAGAGGAGAUUCCAAAAAAAGAGGCCAAGAAUGGAGGCCACAGAGGAAGAUACCAGGUUCGGCAACAGUGACCUGUCUGUCAUGGGACCUUACCCAAAUCACCCACCUUUUUGCCUUCCCUUCUAUUUUAUACCCCCCUCUGCCUCAGCCUAUCUGCCCAUGCUGGAAAAGUGCUGGUACCCCGGGUCCAUGCCAAUGAUGUAUCCCAAUUUGGGACAAUCUGGUCUGCUGAACCAAGACCGAAUGCCACCAGUUCACUCCCCACCAUCGAUACCUGCCAUGGACUCCUCGGCCCUCUUACAAGCCCUUAAACAGGUGCCAGCGGUGGGUGCAGAUGCCAAGGACUGA